AUGAGAGAGUUACGAAUGCGGACAGGCAGUGCUUUUAUCGUUGUAUUCUCCUACGACUCCGUUGACUCUCUCCACGAGGCCAUCCGACUUCACACCGACCUUCAACGCGUCAAAGGAGAAAGGUUUGAUCCCAAAAGCGUAAUCUUCGUGGGGAAUAAGGCGGACCUCUUAACAGUUCCAUCGAUUGUGGAGGACGGAGAUGGGGAACGAGUGGUGGAAGGCAUGGAUACAGAGGAAGAGUCAUCACGACGGUCAAGCGGAUCAGCAGUGUCAUCGACAGCGGCAGCAGCGGACGAGUUGCAGACGACAGCACGAUCCCUACUAGAUCGUCUCGGUUGCCCACUUAUCGAUACAAGUGCCCGCCUCGGUUUUAACGUCCUCGAGGUCUUCCAUUCAGUCCUCUGGCCCAUGCUGCUCUCCAAUUCAAACCUUGCUGGUCGGGUGACUCCUGCUGACAUCGCUAGUGGGCAUUGUGGAGAGGACUCACCGAAUCGAUGGCUUCAGGAUAUUGAAGCUGUCAACAAAAAAAUCAGUUGGCCUUGGGGAGACAUCUCAGAUCAUCUCGUGAGUAGCGCAUAA